AUGUGUUGGUGUUACUUUUUUUUUUUUACUUGGUUACAACCACCACCGAAAGUGAGUGUUGUGAGAUUAUUUGGUAAUGUGCCGGGUAGAAUUACUUGGUUAAAACAAUUAUCGAAUUUGAGUGUUGUGAGACUAUUUGGUAAUGUGCCAGGUAGAAUUUCUUGGUUAAAACAAUUACCGAAUUUGAGCGUUGUGAGACUAUUUGGUAAUGUGCCGGGUAGAAUUACUUGGUUAAAAAGACUUCCAAAUGUGAGUGUUGUGAGACUAUUUGGUAAUGUGCCAGGUAGAAUUACUCGAUUAAAACCAACAACGAAUGUGAGUGUUGUGAGACUAUUUGGUAAUGUGCCGGGUAGAAUUACUUGGUUAAACAGAUCACCGAAUGUGAGUGUUGUGAGAUUAUUUGGUAAUGUGCCGGGUACAAUUACUUGGUUAAAACAAGAACCGAAUGUGAGGUUUGUGAGACUAUUUGGUAAUGUACCGGGUCGAACUAUUUUUUUUAAACCAUCACCGAGUGUGAGUGUUGUGAGACUAUUUGGUAAUGUGCCAGGUGGAACUACUUGCUUAUAA